GGCCGAGCGGAGCCGAGCGGAGCCGAGCGGAGCCGAGCGCGGCUCGGUCGGAGCCUCAGCAUCGCCUCAGCGUCUCCUCUCCCGCCAAGCCGAGAGGAUGGACGCCCCGCGCCGCGCGCCGUUGCCCGCGCGCUGAGGGACUCCCCGCGGGAGAGCGGCCGGGCCCCGGGACGGGCUGUGGAGAUCGGGGACCGGCGCGGCGAGUCCGGUCCGCCGUGACCCACUCGUGGCUCGGGGCGCCGUGCGCGUCUCCUCUUCAUCCCCGACGAGGAGGAGCUCCGUUGCCCUGGGACGCGCCGAAGAAUGAACUUUUGGAAGCAUUACUUCUUCGCGGUCACGGUGCUCAGCGUGCUGAUUGUCGUGAUCGUGUACCACGGCCACGUGGGCCUGCCAGGCGCCGCCCCGAGGCCGAACGCGUCCUGGGACGGCGGCCCGAGCCUCGACGCCUGCGCCUGGGCGCUGGGCGAGAAGCGGGCGUUCGCGUGGGGCCGCGCGCCGCGCUCGCCCCUGGGCCGCGUGCCCUGCCGCGACUACCUGCUGCGGGCGCACUACAUCACCAGCCCGCUGUCGCGCGAGGAGGCCGCCUUCCCGCUGGCCUACGUCAUGGUGGUCCAUAAGGACUUCGACACCUUCGAGAGGCUCUUCCGGGCCGUCUACAUGCCCCACAACGUGUACUGCGUGCACGCCGACGCCAAGGCGGCCCCCGAGUUCAGGAGCGCCGUGCGGCUGCUGCUCGGCUGCUUCCCCAACGCCUUCCUGGCCUCCCGCACCGAGCCCGUGGUCUACGCGGGGUUCUCCAGGCUCCAGGCCGACCUGCACUGCAUGAGGGACCUGGUGGCCUCCGAGGUCCCCUGGAAGUACGUCAUCAACACCUGCGGGCAGGAUUUCCCACUCAAGACCAACAGGGAGAUCGUCCAGUACCUGAAGGGAUUUAAGGGGAAGAAUAUCACCCCCGGGGUGCUGCCCCCGGCGCAUGCCGUCGGGCGGACCAAGUACGUGCACCGCGAGUACAGGGGAAGAGGCGGUUCGUACGUGAAAAAUACUAACGUCCUGAAAACCUCACCUCCGCAUCACCUGACCAUCUACUUUGGCACAGCCUAUGUGGCUCUUACCAGGGAGUUUGUCAACUUCGUCUUGGAGGACCAAAGAGCCAUUGAUCUCCUGCAGUGGUCCAAAGACACAUAUAGCCCGGAUGAACAUUUUUGGGUGACACUGAAUAGAAUUCCCGGUGUCCCUGGCUCUAUGCCCAAUGCAUCCUGGACUGGAAACCUCCGAGCUGUGAAGUGGAUCGACAUGGAAGAUAAACACGGAGGCUGCCACGGCCACUAUGUACACGGCAUUUGUAUCUAUGGAAACGGAGACUUAAAGUGGCUGAUGAAUUCGCCCAGCCUGUUCGCUAACAAGUUUGAGCUCCAUACCUACCCCCUCACUGUGGAGUGCCUGGAACUGAGGCUUCGGGAGAGAACCCUUAAUCAGAGUGAAACUGCCAUACAACCCAGCUGGUACUUCUGACGGCAGCAGCUCAGGCCUGAAGGGAAACUGCAGCUGGCAGGAGGAGCCUGGCUCUGCGGGAGACUUUUGCCUGGGCGAUGUUCAGGGUCACAAGACUACGGGAGUGAUUUCAGGCCUGGCACCGUAAUUAGACUCGAAAUACCCACUGGACGCUGUGAAGGAUGCCGGUAGCUGUGUGGAGCAGUCCUGGCACUUUGGCCGGUCUGGCAGUUUCUUGGUGCCCCCUCUGGGUUAGGCGUUGUUCUGAUCAGUGGUAAACUGAAAUGUCACCUGAUCAUUGCACAAGAUGUGCCUCGUAGUAAUAUGUCCCAGAGGAGAGAGAAUGGUAGGUCACACUGCAGGAACAUGGGAAUUGAGUUUCUUUGGAAAAGGACUUCGAGGACACAUCAGCAGCCUCUACCCCGGCUUACGCACACACAGGCAGAGGCUGACUCCCUUCCGUAGGGCAGAUCUCUUUCCCAAGGUCCAACACUAGCGCGUCACUCCGCCUGGGUCGGGAGCUGUGUGUGCAGUUAAACCACUAAAAAACAAGAGACGGCAGCCACCGCUGCUGCCACUGCUGCUGCAAGGAAAAGACCUCCGCAACACAAAACAACUCUGCUGAAUGUGCAAGGCUGAUUUUCUUCCGUGCUGCCUUUCCAGAGAGCUGAGAAGCCCCCCGAGGAUGAAGCUGCCUUGCCAGCAGGCGGCACAUGUCCAGCUUGGAGUCAGGGACGCCUUAAAGCGAACAACUUCUCUGACUCCUCCCCCAGUGUUACUCUCCUAGCAAAAGAGAGACCAGACCCACUCCGCAAGGCUUCGCCACGGAAGUCAUCCUCUGAGCAGCUUGAUGAGCCCACGCUGAGGGUGCCUCCUUCUGAGAGUUCCCGUUGCGGGCAAGCCCCUGCCCCUCACCCCCACUCACUCAUUCAGCCCACGUCCAAUACAUGUGGAGGGCCUGGGGUCCUCUGGAUGUGUGCCAGGACGCGAAGGAAAGCAAGACAGAAGCUUUCACUCUGCAGCUCUUGGAAAUGAAGCUGGGUGUGAUCUUAGCUCGUUGGGAGGCUGAGAUGAGAGGAUGCCCUGAGUCUUUACCCCAGGGCCACACACACACACACACACACACACACACACGGCACAUCUCUUGGGAGUCCUAUUAACAUUGGGUAGCCUGCUGUGGAGAAUCUUACGAAGUGAUUGUAUUUAACGCAUUCGUAAGUGUGAUCAUAUAUUGUGAUUUCAGACGAAGGAGAGGGGUUCUCACCAGGUGAGAGUUACAUCAGAUUAUUCAGGAGGAAGUGGCAGGGAGGAGACAGCCUCUCUCAGCCUGCUGCAUUCUAGCUAUUCCGCUGGCUUCCUCUUCCUCAUUCCAUUCAGACCUCGCAAAGGUCUCACACGGUUCUUGCAGUCACCCCUGUUUUGCAGAUGAAGCAACUGAGGCUUAGAGAGAUUGACAUGCAUCAGGGAGCUAAUUCUCUGGCUGAGAAUUGGAUACUCUUACUGGUCUUCUCAGUUCAUUUCCUGAGGUGGAGUAUCGAGAGAAGGUGAAAUAAAGCCAUAUUUAAUAUAACAGAGCAGGUAGAUCUUAAGAAUGGUCUCAGUGUUAAUAUUGAGAAAAAGUCCUGGCACCUCAGAAAAAUGUGAAGUCUACUUUAGUAUUCCUCUAGUCCCGAGCUCCUGAAUAUUUAUUUAUUCUAAUGAGAAGCACAUAGCAUAACUGAUGAUACAUUUAAUUAACACAGUUUUAUUUUUUCUAUGAUUGUACCUGUUGAAUGUUAAUCAUAUUUAAAGGGAAAGACUUUGAUGUAAAACUUUUUCCUGCUGCUGGAGAAAGGGGAAUUGCAUGGGGGAUGGAAGGGUGGAAGGGUAGAGCGUGCGGUCCAGGCCAGGGGUGAAGGCUAAUAGCUGUCUCUUUUCAGCUAAUGAUUUGAAUGACCGUGCCUGGGAAGAGGAACUAUUUUACACUGGAUCUUUCUCAUGUAGCAUGAGAAAUUUUUCUGGAACAGAAGAUGUUUACAUGUCUGUCGGCCAUCUCUGUGUAGCUUACGUCCUCGUCGUAUGAAGAGUGGAGUGUUUGGACUGGUGGAGUGUUUGCCCGCCAGCCCACGUCCUGUCCUGAAACUACUGUAGCCACCUUUGUUUUUGGUGAUGUUCUGGUCCCCUCCCCUCAAAUAAAUUAAUACCUUGUUUUUCCA